AUCUCCUCACCACCAUCAAAUCGCGAUACGCUGCUGCGCCUUCGUAUCAAGACUAUCCUCAGCCAACCCAUUACACGACAGCAGAGCUAGGCGACAUGCGAUCCAAGUUCAAGGACGAGCACCCUUUUGAGAAGCGCAAGGCCGAAGCAGAGAGGAUCCGUCAGAAGUACCCUGACAGGAUUCCGGUCAUCUGCGAAAAGGCAGACCGAACGGACAUCCCUACGAUUGAUAAGAAGAAGUACCUCGUCCCCUCGGACCUCACCGUAGGCCAAUUCGUCUAUGUGAUCCGCAAGCGCAUCAAGCUCGCGCCCGAAAAGGCCAUCUUCAUCUUCGUCGACGAGGUCCUGCCCGCCACAGCUGCUCUGAUGAGCGCCAUCUACGAGGAGCACAAGGACGACGACGGGUUCCUCUAUGUCAGCUAUUCAGGGGAGAAUACGUUUGGGCGCAGCGAGUAAGGGGAGGACAGGCUUCUCUUCUCUACGUCAAGCACGUCAACUCGCUCCAGUCUCCACGACGACCACGACUACCUCUCUCAUGAUCCGACUUCGACCUCGACCUUGUCUUGAUCCCGAUGGCAGCCUUGUACUCAUACGAAUUCGCGAUGGCAGCGAUCAGCAUGCGCGAGGAGAGCAGUGAUGGAGGGCAACGACGUCCGAACAAUAUGUUGCCCCUAAUGCUCCCCGCCAUCUAGCUUGGCAAGGGCUCAACGGGCUGGAGUAGCCGCCUGCCCGAACUCGUCGACGUCCUCGUGUAUGCUACCCGUCGUCUCAUCACCAUCGCGCGCGCGCCCGCUCUCUCGCUCUCCUCUCAAUAUCACGCCUUGAUCGCUC